AUGUUUAAGGAGCAAAAACUCAUGAAGAAAGUUUUCACUCAACCAGUUGCUAUACAAUCACGAGGGAUAUCUGAAACAACAUUUAACAAUUGGAGUCCUGAUGGAGUUAUGGAAAGAGUUCGGAAAGGUGACUACUACCGGUAUCUCGCUGAGUUUAAGACUGACCAGGAAAAAAAAAAGGUUGCUGAACAAUCACUGAAGGGUUAUGAGGCUGCUUCUACCACUGCAAAUACAGAUCUCCCUUCAACACACCCAAUUCGUCUUGGCCUUGCUCUUAACUUCUCUGUCUUCUAUUAUGAGAUUAUGAAUUUGCUUCAGAGGUUAUUCUUAAUUCCUACGUAUUUGGUGUCAUUUCUUUGGAAAGAAGUUUAUCUGGUGUCAUUUCUUUGGAAGUAA